CGCGUGAGUCGGGCUCGUGCAUUUAGUCGUCGUAAUUUCAAGUGAGCGCUGAAGGAGAGAGGAGAGCGAGCUACCUUCCUCGUGCGGAUUUCACCAAACACAACGCGCCAGGGAGGACUUUGCAAUUGAAACCGUGUUUAUUUGUAAAUAUUUUGUCAGGUUUACACAGAAAAGAGAGGAAAAAAAAGAAGUGCCUGGAGAGAGAGGGGGGGAGGAAUUACCAAAACGCAACACGUAUCCGGUGGGAUCCACUCCUGAGAGAGAGAAGCGGCAGGAGUUGGAGCGAAGGGUGCAAAGAAAGCGAGAGGGAGCAGAAGCAGAAGCAGAGGGGGGAAGAUUUGACAUUUCACUCGCAACAACGCGUUUUAAUUCAUAAAGAGGAAUAAUGAGGAACGUUUGGAUAAUUUUCACUCUCGGGCUGACCGUCUUCCUCUCUGGUGAAAGGAUAGCAGACGCAGCCAAGACUUCCUCUCAGGCUGACGACUUGUACCUUGACGACACAGGCUCAGGAGGUUACUACCCUGAAGACGACGAUGACUUUAACUCAGGGUCUGGCUCAGGUGGAGGUGAAGAAGUGGUGAGAGAGGAGGAAACAGUGACUGUCAGUAUGGUUUAUAUCGAGCCCAAUGCAGCAGAACCCACCCAGGACUCCACCAAAGAUUUCACCCCCAGGGUGGAGAUAGCCACGGUCAGGGAAAGAGACUUCACACCCAGGAAACCGUUCAGAACAGAGGCACCAGUGCCAGUUACAGAGGACGUGCAGAGGAACCAGAUGACUAGUACAACUAGCGCCCCCGGCUCACCCAAGGAGCCCGUCGAGGUCCGCACUGAAAACCUUUUCCAGAGGACAGAGGUGUUGGCAGCUGUUAUUGCCGGCGGCGUGAUCGGCUUCCUGUUCGCCAUCUUCCUCAUCCUCCUCCUGGUCUACCGCAUGAGGAAGAAGGACGAGGGCAGCUACGAUCUGGGGGAGAGGAAACCCUCCGGCGCCGCCUACCAGAAGGCCCCAACCAAGGAGUUUUACGCAUAAAACCAACCAACAGUCCUCAGCAAACCUGUUCACACAAAAACAAGAAAAUCAAGGAAAGAUAGCAUAAAGGAAAGCUUUGGCAUAGAGUAUUGUAAUUAAGACCUUUUCUUUGUUCUUAAAAAAAAAAUGAAAACCAAGCAUUUCUCAUUUUAUGGCAAAUCUCAAGUGUAUUUAAACAUUUUGUGUAUUAUUUGAAAAGGCUGAAAAACAACAAAAAAAUCAGGAUCUGUAAAGGCGAGGAAACGUAUCGCAUCUGUCUCCUGUCAAAGGAGCGGUUUCCGGUCGCUGACUACUUUAACUGUAGCAGUGUGUUAUUUGUAAGGAGAAAAUGUAAACGUGGACAUAAUAGAAUUGAAUUAUUCUGUCAAUCCAACUUUCUUUUUUUCUUUUUCUUUUGUCCUAGCAUGUCUGUUGUUGAUCUCUAAAGGUGUAUUACAUUAAUUUAUCUUUUCUCUGAUGUUAAAAAAAUGCCUUUGUAGUUUUGAUGAAGCUCUUUGGUCUUCAUAUUAACGCCGUUAACGGUCAAUGUAAAUGUCCUCCCUUCACGUUACAAUGUUUAUUAUUUGCUCUCACAUCAGUUUUUAGUCAAACCGUGACCGUUUCAUUUUGUCUUGUUUUUUUUGUUUGUUCUCUUCUCAGUGUAGCCUUUUAUUUCUCUUCUUUUUUUCAACAGCGUUUUAUUUACAAACCAGGAACAGGUCUUUAAAAGAUAAAAAUAAGCGUGUCAAGGCUCGAGAAAAAUCACAACUCUCGCUUCUGUUUCAUGUCUCGCUGAAAUUCUUUUCUAUUUAAAUGCAUUCUCUCCCAGAUCGCACAUUCACUGCUUUCUGCUUCCCACUGCUAUCGUGCAGCUUGGAGUGUAUGUGGAGUGUUUUGGGGUGACGUUUUCUCUCUGUGGCUUGUGGUGUUUUUGGCCCAUAGCCACCUCCCUCCCCAAUCUGUCGCUUGAGUUUAGUCCCUGCACCCAAACCAUGCUAGCACCCUAACAUCUCCCCCUGCUUCUCUGUUUACCCUCGCCUCCUUCACCACCACCUUCUUUUUAAUCAGAUUGGAGCACGGCCAGUUGAUUCCCCCCACUCUCCCCCCAUUCUCCUUUAGCCACCCGUGUAGCCUGGUUUUUUUGUCCCUGUCCCAGUGUUGAUGCUGUAGGCCCAAAGAUCUGCUCACUGUAGGCCUGCUCCUGCUUGGACACAAACACACACGGCCAGGGCCCAAUCCCCACAUGCAGAGCACAUACCUCUGCAGCAAACAACACCCCCCCCCCCACCCCCAGUGCAAGAAACCUAGUUUCUCUCACAGGGAUUGAUAAAUAAGGCUACACAGACUCCAGUGUUACAUCUGAAUAGUCUUUGAAAAGACACUCACAUUGAAGGCUGUGUUUUUAUUUAGUGGUCAGUGCAGCAUUUCAAAAGAGCUUCUGUUUAGAGUUUGUUUACCAGGUUUAAAACCUGAGGUUGAACGCAUAUAAGGCUACUUGCAAAAUAGCCACGUAGCUACACCACAUGGGUUAAGGUCACUUGAAAACAAGUUACUGUCGUUUUUUUUAUGUUACGUCUACUUGAACUUGCUCUUAGGAGACGCACGUGCGUUGUCCGGCAGGUUUGUGAAGUUGCCUUUUUCAGCUGUACAGUUUUGUGAAGUAGAUGUGUCACAUAAACGUCUAAACUCUUAACAUCUCCCACACGAAGCUCUUCAUCUCAUCUCUUCUUCUCUUCUUUAAAUCUGUCUGUGAUCCUCUUGUCAUCCACUAUCCCUUCUCCUGUUCUGUUUCCAGCUCUUCUCCUAGCACCUAUGGUACUGAACUAUACUGAAAAACCCAAAGACUCACAGUAUUUCUACUCCCACCAUCCCCUCAGACCCAGCCCCUCCACCAUGGCCACAUCAUGUUGUUUCCUCUUCCUCUUUUUCUCUUCACUCUUUUAGUUGUUUUUCUCUCUAGUAGGAGACCUGACCUUUGAGUCCAAUUGCUUAUUAGUAUAUGAAAAGAUAUAUAAAUAUAUAUAAAUGUAUAUUCACAAAUGUUUUAAACCUUCAAAGUGCCUACCAUUUGGAAAUGUACUUGCUCAAGGUGAGCAUGAGGCGGGUGUGUGAACACACAGGAGGGGUGUAAACGACUUGACUGGCAUUCUGUGAGCAUGGAUGACUGUAAUGGUAACUUUUUUUUAGUCUUACAAAAGCUGACAGUAUUGUACCUAUAAGUUGAAACAACACUACUGAAUAAACAUUGUGGCCUAAUA